AUACGUUUGCAUUUUUCAUGAAAUCCGGUUAAGCUUCGCGACUUUUGGCGGGUUAAAUUUUCUACCGGUCUUUUACGCGUUAUAUUAGAGAUAUAACAAAAUAUAAACAUGGGGGAUAAAGACGGUGAAACCUUUGACGAUGCAGUAGAAGAAAGAGUUAUCAACGAAGAAUACAAAAUAUGGAAGAAGAAUACACCUUUUUUAUAUGAUCUUGUAAUGACGCAUGCUCUGGAGUGGCCAUCUUUAACAGCUCAAUGGUUGCCCGAUGUAACUAGACCAGAAGGGAAAGAUUAUUCCGUGCAUCGACUUAUUUUAGGUACGCAUACCUCUGACGAGCAAAAUCAUUUGCUUAUCGCUAGUGUUCAGUUGCCAAACGAGGAUGCUCAAUUUGACGCGUCUCACUAUGACAAUGAAAAGGGAGAAUUUGGAGGAUUUGGCUCGGUUAGCGGAAAGAUAGAAAUUGAAAUAAAAAUAAAUCAUGAGGGCGAAGUGAACAGAGCAAGGUACAUGCCUCAGAAUCCUUGCGUAAUCGCUACUAAAACACCCUCUAGCGAUGUUCUAGUAUUCGAUUAUACAAAACACCCUAGCAAACCUGAUCCAAACGGCGAAUGUCAGCCUGAUUUGAGGUUAAGGGGACAUCAGAAAGAAGGUUACGGCUUAUCGUGGAAUCCAAAUCUUAAUGGAUAUUUACUCAGCGCGUCCGACGACCAUACAAUUUGUCUGUGGGACAUUAAUGCGCCGCCGAAGGAAAAUCGUGUCAUAGACGCAAAAACGAUCUUUACAGGACAUACCGCUGUUGUCGAGGACGUAGCUUGGCAUCUAUUACACGAAUCUCUAUUUGGAUCCGUUGCGGAUGAUCAGAAAUUAAUGAUUUGGGACACGAGAUGCAACAACACCAGCAAACCCAGUCAUACAGUCGAUGCUCACACCGCCGAAGUGAAUUGUUUGAGUUUUAAUCCAUAUUCGGAGUUCAUUCUUGCGACUGGCAGUGCUGACAAAACGGUAGCGCUCUGGGAUUUGAGGAAUUUGAAAUUAAAGUUACAUUCAUUCGAAUCCCAUAAAGACGAGAUAUUUCAAGUUCAGUGGUCGCCUCAUAAUGAAACAAUAUUGGCUAGUAGCGGUACGGAUAGGCGUUUACACGUAUGGGAUCUUAGUAAAAUUGGCGAGGAGCAGUCUAGCGAGGAUGCCGAAGAUGGGCCACCCGAGUUGCUGUUCAUACAUGGCGGUCAUACCGCGAAGAUCAGUGAUUUUUCGUGGAAUCCAAAUGAACCGUGGGUUAUAUGUUCGGUAUCGGAAGACAAUAUAAUGCAGGUGUGGCAAAUGGCGGAAAAUAUUUACAACGACGAAGAACCAGACACUCCGGCUAGCGAAUUAGAAGCUGGUGCGUCAUAGAGUGUAAGAAAUAAUCGAUUAAAUUAUUUGAUACUGGAAUUUCCUAACGAUAUACGCGCGCAUGCGUACACGCACAGGUGUAUGUUCGCGCGAAACCAAUAAUUCAAAUUAAUAUCGGAUAAAUGUUUCAAACGAAUUUGUACGUUCAAACGAAAAGAUCAUCGAGAAGCAAUAAUAUACCUAUUUUUACUACAAAUCUUAAGAUUCGCUUACGUAGCAGCGUACGUUGCAUUACGUGUACAUUUUUACGAUCAAUCGAAGGAACAUUCUAUUAUUUCAGUUCGAUGUUUGUCGGAAGUAACUGCUGGUGCUUGCGUUUCUUCGAUCGGAUAUAUACAAAGUAUGCGUUACGCGUAAAACUGUUCAAGAGUCAGAUUAUUUUUUGCCGUAGAUUUUCUGAUACGUUGCAAUUCUGAUUUUCUGAAAUAUUUUAAAGUUACAUAUAGAGUAAUUCUUUCGUGUUCCGUCGUCGUGUGCUAUUUGUCGUCUGGUCGGUCGUUAUUGACGAAGCAGAACCGACAGGAGAAAGGUAUGGCCUUUGGGUAACGGGAGAAUCGUUUUAUCCUGAUAUCGGUAACAGUAUGCUCAAUGUACCGAGUUAUUAUUAUUAUUAUUAUUAUUAUUUUUUUUUAAUAUUUUUAAAGACAGAGUUCGUUUCAUUUAUACAGAUAGAUAACUUGGCUUUUUCUUUUUUUUUCAAUAUUACAUUACCUAUGCAUAAACAGGUGAAUCUGCAAGUUUUGUAUCAUUCAAUGAUAUUUUGUGAUGUACGGUCGCGUGCAAGCUGUUUCUUUUUUUAUUUUGUCUUUUAAAAGAAACUUAAAGCAAGAUAGCUCUCGUUUCCUGUUCCGGGGUGAGAAGUUGGCAAAUAAUAGCGGGCGACUGUUCUACCGACCUUGCUGUGUACCGACAUCUAAUACGAAUAACAUCGUAACUCGUGUAUGUUUACAUCGAAGUUACAGUGUUGUACGUAUCGUGUGUGGAUACGUGCAUACGUAAGGAAGAGGAACAGAGCGGCAGGACAUUUUGUACUUUUCUUUCUUCAAGGACAGCAUAAUCGUAUAGCCGGUUAUAUGUUGUAAGAAUAAAUUUCUGUCACCGAAUGAUUUCCUAGUUGAUAAGUAAGGAAAAUUUGGUAAAAGAAAAAUACGAUGAUAACUGAACGGAGAAAGAAAUAAAAUUAUUUGGGUUUGUA